AUGGGCUGCUGUGCUGCUAAACAUUCCCCAACUUCUCCACAAACAGUUGUAGCUAGUAGUCUGACUGUUCCAAAUAAAGAAGGAUCAAUAGAUGCUUCUAUCCAAACUCCAAAAUCUCAAACUAACGACGCUUUAUACAUAAUAACAGAUGGUAAAUUUUAAACAGACAUCCACAAAUAUUACGAUUUACAAAAAGUCCUCGGUAAAGGCUUCUACGGAGUUGUCAAAUUAGGAGUCAGCAAGCUUGGAAAUCACCAAAAAUAUGCUAUUAAGAGCUUAAACAAAGAAAAAAUAAAAAAAGACAUACAAUCCUUACAAAGGGAACUGACGAUCCUCAAAACCAGUGAUCAUCCUAAUAUAAUCAAGCUUUACGAGGUAUUUGAAGAUGAAAACUUUAUACAUAUUGUCAUGGAGUAUUGCUCCGGAGGAGAACUCUUUGACAAAAUCAAUAAGAAAACGAGAUUCACUGAAAGAGAAUCAGCGCAUGCAUCUUAUAAAAUGUUUUAUGCUAUUAACCAUCUACAUACUGGAAAUAUUGCACAUAGAGAUCUGAAGCCGGAAAACUGUCUUUUUGACUCUAAUAAAGAAGAUGCAGAGCUAAAAUUAGUAGAUUUUGGCCUUGCUAGUAAAUUUUCAGGAAUGACUAUACCUUUUCAUUUAAAUGCUAGUGGCAAUUUAUUAUAGGAACAUAUUUAGUAUACAAAAGUAUAUGAAAACAAUGGUUGGGACUGCUUUAUAUGUUGCUCCUGAGGUUUUAGGAGAAAAAUAUGGCCCUGAAUGUGACGUCUGAAGCCUAGGCGUGAUCACUUAUACCAUGAUCGCUGGCUAUCAACCUUUUCGAGGAGAAACCAACAAAGAAGUGUUCAAAAGCAUCAGAAAAGCCAAUAUUUCUAUGAAAGAGCCUGAGUUUGAACGAGUUUCUAAAGAAUUUAAAGACUUUAUCAGGCGAGUUUUAUGCCCAGAUCCUAGCAAACGUAUAACUGCAGCUGAAGCUUUAAGACACCCAUGGUUUACUCUUAUGGGCGCUAACAGACUAAAACCUUUAGAUAUGAACGUCAUAUCGCGACUCAGGAGUUUUACUUCAACCCAUCGACUAAAGGUAGAAGCAAUCAGAAUUAUCAUAAAAUUCAUGAACGUUAAAGAAACUUCUCUUGCUCUUGAUAAUUUCAAAGUAUUAGAUACUGAUCUUACAGGAUUUAUAACUGUACAAGGGCUUGAGCAAAGCUUAAGGGCAGCAAAUAUAGAGAUAACAGCUAGUGAACUGAACAAUAUUUUUAUACAGGUUGACUUGAAUGGUAACGGAAAAAUCAAUUAUACAGAAUUUGUUAUAGCCACUUUGGAUCCUGCUAUUAUGAUGAAAGAAGAAAAUUUAAUGGCUGCAUAUAAAACUUUUGAUAUCGUAAUCAUUAUAUAGGAUGAUGUAGGAUAUUUUACAGCUUCACAAGUAAAAAGAGUCAUUGAUAAAUCAGGAAGAACUAUUACAGAGCACGAAGUUGAAGAAAUGAUGAACCUAAAUUGGUUAAAACAGCACGGAAAAGUUGACUAUGAGGAUUUCGUCAAAUUAUUUGACGAGAAUCCUCCAAGCGCUCGUGCAUAA